AUGGAAAGAAUAUUGUUAAAAGAACUUCCAGAAGACCUACCAUUCUAUCCAGGACAAAUUAUUUGCACAGGAGAAUUUUCUGUAACUAGAUUAAGUGUAGACCUUAAAAUUACACAUUAUUUUUCCACUCAAUUAAUUUCAAGUGACAUUUGCACUCAAAAGGUGUUCCCCAUAGAGGCAUAUAUACUUUUUCUUAUAAAAAUAACAUAUUUACAAAAUAUUAAACCAAAAAAUAUAUUACAUCAUGGAAAUGAAAUCUUAAAAUAUCGAAUUUCAGUCUUGUAUCAUUAUUCAGAUAUAGUAAUCAAACAAGAAAGUUAUCUACGAAGUAUAGAAUUCCACCCAAAUAUGACAGAGAAGCAGAAAAUACUUGGUCUUUCGGAAUUGUUUUAUAUACAUUAUUUUUUGGAAAUACUCUAUGGUUUAUUAACAAUUAAUCCAUCCGAACGCAUGACUCUUCAAAAAGCAUCAGAUCAUCCUCGAGUAAAUAGAAAAAACUGCUUUCUUUGA